GCUGUCAGCAUUUCGUCGUCGGUCAGUUGUCGGCCGCUGGUUAUGGAGUUUGGCAGUGAGUACGUGUUUAUCUCGUCUAAGAAUGAAUUCGAGGAAGUGGAUGAGAGUUCGUUGGAACGAGGCCUCCUCUCGAUAGCGCACGAAUCAUCCGCUGCCAAUGACGAUGGCGAGACUUGUCUGUUGGACAUCCUGGAUACUGCUGGUCAAGAGGAGUAUUCAUCAAUGAGAGACCAGUACAUGCGAACUGGACAAUGCUUUCUUAUUGUUUACUCCAUCACGGACAGGCAGUCUUUCAAUGAAGCAGAGGGCAUGUUUGAAUUUGCCAAAAGAGUCAAAGAUACCUACACAGUGCCAACAGUUUUGUGUGGCAACAAAUGUGAUCUUGUGGAUGAUCGAGUUGUGAGCAAGGCAGAUGGUAUCAGACUAGCGAAACGCAUGGGCUGCCCAUUCUAUGAAACUUCGGCAAAAACACGUGUCAAUGUUGAAGAAGCGAUCCACGAGCUUGUACGUCGAACUCCUCGAUAUUCAAAGGAAUACAAGCUGGUCAUUAUGGGUUCGGGUGGAGUAGGUAAAUCAGCUAUUUGCUUGCAGUUUGUUCAGUGCCACUUUGUUAACGAGUACGAUCCAACGAUUGAGGACUCAUAUCGCAAGCAGUGUGUUAUACGUGGCAUUCCUGACGAGAACAUGAUGAAUCGUAUUGCAAAGAAAAAGUCGAGUCAACCAGGAUUACUAAAACGUCUGUUGGGCUCUUCGGCAAAACCCAAAGAGAAGAUUGACAGUCGUAAAAAGGUUUUAUGUCAGAAGGUAGAUUGCAAUGUGGUUGUUAUCCAGCUUGGUAUGCUGGAGGAAGAGCUUGUACUGGCAACUGGGGACCCGGUGUUGUGUCAAAGCUGCAAUGUGGUCCUUUCUUCUAUUUCAAAACUGGAGGAUGGAACAGCAAAGUGGAAGUGUGAGUUUUGUGGUCGUGUCAAUGAUAAACUUGACAUUUCUCCUGACGAGGUUCCUCGUGAUUCAUGCAUUGACUUCAUGCUGGAGCCGCCCGACUCCGUCACAAGCGAUGAUGCUAUUGAUGACAGAAUGGUUAUAUUCUGUGUAGACAUCAGUGGCUCUAUGUGUUUGACAACACAAGUUCCCCCACUUCAAGCCGAAUGGAAGGCUAUUCGUGACGGUGGUGACAAAUAUCUGGGUGGACGAAAAAACGAAAUGUAUAUAUCUCGUAUGGAGUGCGUUCAGGCUGCUGUAAAAAGACAUUUGGAACGUAUCAAGUUAGAGCAUCCUGAUCAAACUGUCGUGUUGGUAACUUUCAAUGAUGAAGUAACUGUUGUGGGUGAUGGCAGUCAGAUUCCGAUUACCGUGGCUGGAGACAAAUUAUGGGACUACGAUCAGUUGCUGAGAGAGGGCAAAGCCGUCGUCUCUGAAUGGCAACUGAAACCGAUUCAAGAGUCAUUGUCGCUGCUGAUCGACAAGGUGAAUGGAUUGGAGGAAGGCGGGGCUACUGCUCUCGGUCCUGCUCUUGCUGUGUGUGCUGGAAUGGCAUCAAACAAGCCACAAUCCGAAAUUAUACUUUGCACCGAUGGCCAACCAAAUGUUGCUCUUGGUGCACUGGACGCCACUCCUCCUGAUGUUGAAUUCUAUAAGAGGGUUGGAGAGUACGGGAAGGCUAGAGAGAUCGGCAUUUCUAUAAUUGCCAUUGAAGGCGAAUCGUGUUCGUUGGCACAUGUUAGUCAGUGUGCCGACUUGACUGGAGGGACAGUAAAUGUGCUGCAUCCUCUCGAGCUUGUCAGACAAAUCAGAGUCAUCUCACAGAAUCCAGUGGUGGCCACUGACGUUCAGUUGAGCGUCAUCUUGCAUCCGUCUCUUGAGCUGGAUCGUACCAUUUCUCCACAGGGAUUGAGUCGAGCAGUGAAGGAGAUAGGGAAUGUAAAUCGUGAGUGCGAUCUAACAUUUGAAUACAAGUUCAGGCCACAUUGUGUUCAACAGAAGCUUACGACCGUACCAUUUCAGAUUCAGAUACGAUAUACGAGGAAGGACGGUACGAAAUGUUUGCGUGUCAUUAGCAAGUGUCAGAAAGUGUCUCAUGACAGGAAGGCAAUGGAGAAGAGUUGCAAUGUAGCAGUGAUGGGACUGGCUGCUGUUCAAAAGUCAGCUAGUAUGGCUCAAAGCGAUCAGUACAAAGAUGCUCGUGCACAUAUGCAAGCUGUAAUGUGUCUGCUCGAACGUGGUUCUCUGUCAGAUCUACAACAAGAGGAGCUGUACAUCUUUGCAGCCGAGAGCGACGACUUUGUCUCAGAGCUUUGCCAAAGUGCACGUCCUGAAUCAUCUAGCGGCAAGUCAGACAUGGCAGCCAAAGUAUUUCAUCGCAACAAAACAGCUCAUCUCAACCAGUUCUUAUCGGGUGUUGCCAAGCGCGAUAUCGUGACAAAGCGAAAAGGUGAUACCGCUCUAAACACUCAGUACUAUGGAUAUAAGUUUGAAUGAAUGAAGAAACUGGAAUAUUUAGUCAUGUAGGUGGAGAGUAGUUGAUCAUGAAGCUGUAGACAUAGGACUGCUUUACUGCAUUAUCCAGGUUCUGAUAUCGAUUGUUCUCCUUAUAAUUAUUGCUAAGACCUGCAGCUUUCUGUACGUUUGGUAAUUUAGAUUCCUAUCACGUAAAUUAGAACAAUAUGUGGCAAUGCAGGACAAAAGGGUCUCAACAUAUGAGUUGAGAGAUUAAUGGACACUCGACAGAUAUCGACGUCUAGACAUGCUCUAUCAUCUCUCAUCCACAAAAUUGAGAGGGAAUAAAGCAAUACAUGUACACUGUCUUAUGAUUUA